CGCUACACGGAAGCGUAAUGUACACUGUACAUCAAUGAUCAGCCAGUUGUUACGAUCAUGGCGAAAGGCCAUGGACUGGACUUAAAAACCGGGAGUUUAUUAUGGAUUUUAAUUGUGAUUUUAGGAAAAUCAAACUGCAAAUCAUCGCAUACGUAUUAUAUGUCUGGUCAAGACUGUGACUCAACUAUCCUACUAGGAGGUGCUGUUGUGUAUUCACAUUAUGUUAACCAGUCUAAAUCAUAUAAUAAUGAAGUUGAUUGUCAAAUAAAGUUUAAAUCUAAAAAAAGUGAUUGGAAAAUAAUGUUACGGAUGUUAGAAAUGGAUAUUCCAGAUCGGAGGGAAAAUGGAAUUUGUAAUGAUGCUUUAUAUGUGUCAGACUCAGAUAAAAUCUAUAAUACUAUGGUUGAAGCAGGGGGUAACUUUGGUUUAUGUGGGAACAAGCUGCCAUCUACUAUUUAUUCCUCAGGACAGUUUUUAACAGUUCAUUUUAGAACAGACAAAUAUAAACCUCCUACACGUUUUGAUGAUGGAGGACGUAAUGGGAGAGGCUUUAAAUUUAUCAUUACAUCUUAUAGUGAAGAUUAUGACAAAGUGCAAUCAUGUGGCUCAGCAUUUCAGUGUGAUAAUCACAAAUGUAUAGAAAGAGAUUUAACUUGUGAUAGAGUGGAUCAUUGUGGAGAUUAUUCAGACGAAGCUGCUGAGGGGCCAGCAGAAUGUGGAGUAUCACAUGAAACCAUAUUUAGUAAAUUCCUGUCAUUAGGAGUGGCAGCGUCAGUUGGUAUUAUAGUCGGUGGAAUGAUUGUCUGUGUUUUCUGUACCGUGUCACUCGUUUGUUGUUGUCGACAGUCCGUCUGCAAAAAGGCACCAAGUAGCAGCUCCAGCGGAAUGGCAUCGGGAACAACAUCUGUGAUGACCAAUGGUGGGCCGGGAAGUCAUCAUGGUAGCGUACACGGUAGCCACCAUGGCAGCCAUCAUGGUGGCAGUCAUCAUGGAGGGAAUCACCAUGGUAAUGGUCACAUGACACAAAUAGAUAGAGGUCCACCACCACCACCACAGGCACAUCAGAUGAAUCCAUUUGGAAAUCCGAUGCACCAGGGUUACUAUCCCAUGCACCCCGUGUACCCGUCCCCACAUGGGUCUGUGUAUUCCGCUCAUACUCAAAACUCAGCAUUUACUCGUGAUUCUGGAUAUAAUCCUAACCAGUUCGGCUACUCGAGUAGCGUGUACUCAAACUCUCAGGCACCCUCGUAUCACAGAUCGCACACGCCGACUAGUAGUAAGUCGGGAAAAUCUCACCAUUCAAACAAUAGCGUGACAUAUACCCAUAACACAGACAAAGUUAUGCUACCAGUGAACUUGUAGUUAUCAAACUAUGGUAGUUACGAUACGUGUCAUCAUAAUUUAACGUGUAAGGACAGAUUGUGAUGAAAAGGCAGAUGUGAGGAAGUUGGUAGAGUAUGGCAUAAUGCAGAAAGAUAUUUUACUCAAGUAUGAAUCCCUGUAUUAUGAAAGGUGGCUAUAAACUGCUCAGCACAGUCGGCAUCCUGCAGAAAGAUGAGGCUCAUAGAGUGCAAUUCUGGAAAAGGCGAUAAAUGGCCAGUAUAUACCGGUAAUGCGGGAAAAGACUUCGUGGAUGUGUUGAAGAAGAGAAAUGAAAGGAAAAUGCAGCUAAUCUCAUUAUGUAAUAGGUCUAGAAUGACUGUGUGUAGAUAGUGGACAUGUGUCACACUAGUAACCAAUCAUAUUUGUUACCAAAGGACAGUGAUGGUAACAGUACUAUUACUAUGAGUACCAAAUGUAACAUUUUGUUAAAAAAAUUAAUAUCCGUGAAUCAGAAAAUAGUGUUAAAUUACAUAUCCAAGUAUUUGUGAACAUGUAAAAGUGUGCAAUGAAACAUUUAAAAGGUUUCUGAAAUCAUGGCCUUUUUAAGAGGGGUAAUGUUUUAAAAGCUCAAUUUUUAUGCUUAUGUUUCAAAGUUCGGAAGUAUAAUUUAUUUAAAAUUGUAUUUAAAACCAGAAAACCAUGCAUAUUUGUUAAAUCAGAAUGCAUAAUUCAAAAGUGUCAUUUAAUGAAACUUUCUAAGAUCAUCAAGACCUGAUGAUCUUCAAAAUUAUUAUUUGAUGCUCUAAAAGUCUUAGUCUAAAGCUGACGGUCCAUAUUCAGCGAUGUUUUAAAUCUGAAACGUAAAUCUUUUUGCUCUAUAGUUGCUAAAUAAGCACAGAUUGUGACGAAGCUUCACAUGAAUAAAUUUGCAUUCUACGACUUCUGGUAGCUCAACAAAAUUUCAUCAGUGUAAAUUGGCUAUGGGCAAAGCAGUGGCCGUUCAUAAGUUUUAAGUUGCAGUCUUUAAACAUUGAAGAAAAUAGGGUCAGGUCACAAUAUUUUUAAUCUCUAAAAUAAAAUGAUACGUAAGGCGUUUUAUUACCAUAAAUUGUUUAUUAUUUAUGAGUUAUGAACUUCACAAUAUUUUUUUUAAUCUUAAAAGUAACACAUGUGUUUUAUUAAAAAAAAUAUGAUCAGCAUUUAGUAUCGUAAGAAAUGAAACUAAAACUUGAUACAUCUUUACUUUUAACAUACCUGUAUAGGUGAAUUAUAGUGCUUCUAUUUAUUAGUUAGAGAUUUAGUUAAGGUAGUUUUGCAUGUUUGAUUAACCUUUAGCCUGCUAAAUUUCUAUAAUAGACUGGUCCAUCAUUCAAUUUGGGCAGUACCAUUUAUCAUUUGAAGGGGCGUUUACUGAAAAUUUACUGACUGAAUAGCGAACAGUGCAGACCAUGAUCAGACUGCACCUGUUAAUAUUUGACGAAUUAUGAACAGUUGAGGAACAGACCUAUAAGAAAAAUUUCCAUUAAAAUCUAUGUUGUGAAACUUUUUUUUUGUAUGGAAAAAGGUCCUCAAAAGUCUGAUUUUCCUGUUGACGCCCGUUGUGAAAACUGACUGGAGGACCAAUAUUUCAAAUUGGUCUAACAAAAAAUCAAGCACAUGACUUACAUUUUUUGUAAGUUGAAUUUCUUUCAGGUAGUGUAUUACAAUGAUGCUCUAAAUGUAUGCUUUGAUAAAAUUCUACAUUAUAGGACAUUUGUUUCAAACAUGUAGAACUACCUUAAUUCUGAAAUCCAGAAAUUCAGCUGUGUGUAUGUACCAGUAAGCUAAUGUUAUGUGUUUUGAAAUUUUUGAAAGUUUUAUAUGAAUUGUACAGUUAUGUCCUCAUAGGUUGUACAGUAAACUCAACAUAAUUGUGAAAAUGUCAUAAAUUGUACAGAAUUCAUGAAUUUACAUGAACUGAUAAGCUAUCCCUCUCUCCCAAUGGUUUCCCCCAUUUUUUUUGUAAGGGUCAAAGAAACUGACAACUAUUCAUGUGAAACUGACAAAUAUCAUGUGAAACUGACAAAUAUUUAUGUGAAACUGACAAAUAUCAAAAGAUUAACCUCUGACAACAACAUGUUAGAAGACAAAUAUAUUUCUAUUCUAAUUAGAUAAGAUUGUUAGUUAAAUGAACCUCAUUAGGGUGACGUGUGUAUAACAGACACAUUUUGACCUUGUUGGAACUGAUGUCACUCUGAGAGGUUCUCCAUGUAAAAAGUAAAAAUGAGCCGCGCCAUGAGAAAACUAACAUAGUGGCUUUGUGACCAGCAUGGAUCCAGACCAGCCUGCGCAUCUGCGCAGUCUGGUCAGGAUCUAUGCUGUUCACUAACCGUUUCUCUGAUUGCAGUAGGCUUUAAAAGCGAACAGCAUGGACCCUGACCAGACUGUGCGGAUGCGCAGGCUGGUCUGGAUCCAUGCUGGUCGCAAAGCCACUAUGUUGGUUUUCCCAUGGCGUGGCUCAAAUGUUCUAGACAGAUAUGCUUUAAACAUGCACGUGUAUCAUAAAUAAUGUAAUAACAUAUCUUAUUUAUGUGUAUACACAAGGACUGUUGUUAAAAAUAUUUUGAUUUGAUUCGUAUCUUAAAAUCAUGCCCUGUCAAGUCAGGAAACACCGUUUGGGCGUCUGGAGUUCUUUGUUCAUGUAACAAAUCAGUGAUGAAAUUUUCCACAGGAAAUGUUGUUAAAAAUUAUAAUCUUGCCAUGAAAUGUUGCCAUGUAGUUUAAUUAGUGAUUCAUUUAUUUUCUUAAAGAGUAUCUGAUUGGAAAAUGUGAAAUAUUUGGUUCGCUAAUUGGGAAGUUAAAAGUAUGUGUGCUGGCUGCGAUAUUAUAGGAAAAUACAGGUACCAGCAUUUUUUAAUGAGAUAGAUCCAUUUUAUUGCUCAGUUUAAUUAAAAGAAACAAGAAUAUGUGUUUUAUCAAACAUAAAAAUUUUCCCAUAAAAGCUGUUAUCAGACUAUAAUUAUGUGAUAUUAAGAAAUAUUCUGACAAAUGUCAAAUGGAAAUCAUAAAAUGAAAAUCUUAAAUUGUUUUGUAGUAAAAAUAAGAAAAUCUCAUAAAGGUGGUAUAGUUGAUUCUAUAGCAGUUUUCAUGUAAUAUCAUUUUUGUGAUAGUCACAUUUUUCUGAGUCAUGUUUGUGAACACGAGAUUAUACUGAUAAUGCACGCAUUUUAUUGAACUGAGAAAAAGUAUAUGUUUUUAAAUACGUCUUAGAAUCAUUUUUGUUUUAAUCUUAUAUAAAAUUUAAAUUUAUAUUGAGUAUUAAUUGAGUUGUAUUUUCCUUUAAUAUUGCACAUCAUUUUUUUUCUGCACACUUGUACUGAUUUUUUUUUCCAUAUGAAAUAGUUACUAUAUAAGAUGUUAUUAUAAAAUAGUAUUGUAUGCCUGUUUUAAACCAACUGUCAUAAAUAUGUCUACCCUUUCAGCAAUUUUAGAAAUAUUUUAUAUAAUAAUUCAGAUAUAUAACCAAACCUUUGACUAUGAAUGAAAUUAAUGAUUGAGUUUUUGGCGCUUUAACUUAUUUUGAGAACUUAGCACAAAAACCACCAUAGCUGCAUGUGUCUGUGUAGUGAGUUUCACAGUUUUCUGUUAACCUUUGAUUUGGAUUUCAUUUGACUUACCAGUAAUUUUUUUUUUGACAAAACCAAUAUUUCUUGGACUGAAGAAAGACAGAAGAACUGAACAUUUCAAAUUCUUUAUUUUAAUGUUGUUUUUAUACUUAGUCCAGGUGCUUUGUCAUUUGGCUGCAUGCCAAGUCCAGUGUUGUGUUUAAAAACUUGUGACAAAAUGCUUUCCAAGGAUUUCUGAAGUUAAAAUUGCAUAUAGCAUACUACUGAGCUUACCCAUUUCACUAGAAGGGUAUAUGACUGGAAGACUUUAUCAUUAUUUUUAUAUGUUUCAUAAUUAUUGUUGUUGUUUUGUUUGUUUGUUUUUCCUUUCUUUCCAGGGUAAUUUUGUCAUCUUUUUGUUUUAACCAAGAAUAUAAUGUUCUGUUAAUUUAAACAUUAAUUUGGUUGUGCAUUACAGUAUUGCUUUUUAUGUGCAGUUAGACAUCUGCCCCUUUUGUAGAGAGUGGCAUAACCACUUUAACUUCUAGGUAAUAUAUUGUCAAACUUGAACUGAAGAAAUCCUCCAUAUUAAAACUACAUAAGUUACAAUAAAAACUUGAUUUUGAAGGGUCAGCCUGAUCUUGAGGCCAUCGUAACUGGCAUGUUCGAGUCACUAGAAAUGCCCGGUGACCUGGGCCAAUAUGUAUGCCUCAAGCAUGCUGUCCUCUGGAUGACACUGCAGGUUGUGUUUUGAGUCCGUCCUCUGGAUGACAUUGCAGAUUAUGUUUGAGUCAUUCUUUGGGAUGACAUUGCAGAUUAUGUUAGAGUCAGAAGAGGUUUAGAAAUUCAUAUAUUGUAAUGCUAUAUAUAAAUAAAAAAAUAUCAGUAUGCCAUUUUGAAACUUGAUCACCAUAACAAAUCUGUUUUGAUGCCAAUUUUAUUUCAAAAUUGCAAAUUUAGAGUCAGUUGAUGUAGAAAGUCAUUUAUAAUGCGCCUUUUAAAUUGUUUCUAGAAUUUCUCUGGAGACCUAUCACAAUAAAUAUUUAGAUAUUUCCAGACAAAAAGGUUUCAGGAAUAAGCCUUGGUUUACAUCUUAAAUCUAUCUUUUUCCAUGCAGACUUAUUGUCUUAUAGAUGAGACUGAUGUGUGCAAUAUCUUGUUCUGUAUUUUGCAGUGGGGCUGGAGGAUUUAAGUAGACUGAAUAAGUAAAUAAUAAGCCAGAUUUAUUCCAGUAGAAUUCAUAAUGAUUUAUAUAGUGACUUUUCCGUUAAAUUUUGUUCACAUGUACAGAAACUUUGAAUCACAGUGUACAAUGGUUCGGCAACACCAUAUUGGGAUAUGUAUGAUAAUAUUAUCUUUUUUCAAAUAAACUCAGUAAAUAGAAUGGUACAUGUUUCAACUUGCCUAUUUGCUAUACUGGCACCAUAACUAAUAAAAUUAUUAAAUAUGUAUGGAGAAAUUUACAACAAACACAUCCAUUGAACAAGCUAUCGUAAGAGAUACAAUUAAAUUUUCUAACAUUUUCCUCUGAUGGAUAUACUGAUGCAGCAAAAAUAACUUGUUACAGGUUUUAUUAUAUUAUCGCAUUUUUGUCUGCAGUUGAACGUUUUCAUCCGACAGCCAAUUUGCAGAUUACGAAAUCUAAAUGACAUACACUCCACAACCUUGUAAAUAUAGCGAGGUCUUUUUUGAGUGUUUUUUAAAAAUACCAUGUUUUACAUUAUUAAAAAUACUUCCAGUAUACAGUUGCAGACCCAAGAAUGGUCAGUCGACGGAGCAUGUAUGUAAAUUAUUGAGCAUAGCUAUGUCGCAUUAAGCAGAUAUUUUGAAAAUCAAAGUGAGCCGCCAUGAGAAAACCAACAUAGUGGCUUUGCGACCAGCAUGGAUCCAGACCAGCCUGCGCAUCCGCGCAGUCUGGUCAGGAUACAUGCUGUUCACUUUCAAUGUCUAUUGCAAUUAGAGAAACCGUUAGCAAACAGCAUGGAUCCAUGCUGGUCGCAAACCCACUAUGUUGGUUUUCUCAUGGCGCGGCUCAUUUAUUUUCCCAGCAAGUGAUAGUACCAACUUUUGCAUGGUUUCUUUCUCCAAUUGCUCUGCAAAAUCUGAAAAUAAAAUCAUCCUUGCGGGUUUUUUUUUUUAAAGUUAUUUCAAUUUUCUUGAUGACAGUUCCACUUUUAAGCUAAGUCAGUGAAGGCGGAUUUUCGCAAGUCAUUUCAUAAUUUUAAUCUAGUACUUAACCAGUCAUUACUCAGUAACUGGAACUCGGUAAUAUUACUUCCCGCUGAAACUUUUGCAUGGUUUCUUUCUCCAAUUGCUCUGCAAAAUCUGAAAAUAAAAUCAUCCUUGCGGGUUUUUUUUUUAAAGUUAUUUCAAUUUUCUUGAUGACAGUUCCACUUUUAAGCUAAGUCAGUGAAGGCGGAUUUUCGCAAGUCAUUUCAUAAUUUUAAUCUAGUACUUAACCAGUCAUUACUCAGUAACUGGAACUCGGUAAUAUUACUUCCCGCUGAAACUUGAAUUUUAGCCUGUAUUUAUUAUUUUAAAGUAUAAAAAUGAACUUCAAUCUGUAAAUUGUCUCUGAUUUGUAACUUUGACUCUGGUCAAUAUGACACUAACUGCUGAAAGCUGUUGACUGCCUCCUCAAUAGUCGAAAUACUGAACUGUUUCUUAGGACAAGUAAUUAUGGGCCAUAAUGCUAUAUGUCUUUACGCAGUUUGAAGGGAAGUAACUCUUUGUUCUCACUGUUUGUUCUCCUUAUACAUAUGGAAGACAGUAUUUUGAAAUUUUAUGUAAAUUGUACAGUAGUUGUACAGAAAACAAAUAUUAGAGAGGUUGAAAAACACAGUGACUGUACUUUUUAGCUCACCUGUCACAUAGUGACAGGGUAAGCUUUUGUGAUCGCCCUUCAUCAUCUGUCUGUCGUCCGUCCGUCCACAAUUUCUUAUGAACACUAUAGAGACCACAUUUUGCAAGCAAUUUUGAUCAAACUUGUACAAAACUUGUAUUGGCAUGAUAUCUCGGUUCCUUUCUAAAACUGGCCAGAUCCCAUCAUGGAUUCUAGGGUUAUUGCCCCUUAAAGGGCCAGAACUUGCUAUUGUGCAUGCAUCAACAAUUUCUUGUCUGCACAAUAGUGGUUUCAUUUAUGGUUUUAUUUUAACCAAACGUGCACACAACUUGUAUCACCAUAAGAUCUUGGUUCUUUUCUUGAACUGGCCAGAUCCCAUUAUGGGUUCCAGAGUUAUGGCCCCUGAAAGGGCCAGAAUUAGCUAUUUUGACCUUGUCUGCACAAUAGCAGCUUCAUUUAUGAUUUGAUUUUAACCAAACUUACACACAACUUGUAUCACCAUAAGAUCUUGGUCCUUUCUUGAACUGGCCAGAUUCCAUUAUGGGUUCCAGAGUUAUGGCCCCUGAAGGGCCAGAAUUAGCUAUUUUGACCUUGUCUGCACAAUAACAGCUUCAUUUAUGAUUUUAUUUUAACCAAACUUGCACACAACUUGUAUCACCAUAAGAUCUUGGUUCCUUUCUUGAACUGGCCAGAUAUCAUAAUGGGUUCCAGAGUUUAGCAAUUUUGACCUUGUCUGCACAAUAGCAGCUUCAUUUAUGAUUUGAAUUUAAUUAAACUUGCACAAAACUUGUGUCACCAUAAGAUCUUGGUUCCUUUCUUGAACCGUCCAGAUCCCAUAAUAGGUUCCAGAGUUAUGGCCCCUGAAAGGGCCAAAAAUUUCGUUUUUGACCUUGUCUGCACAAUAGCAGCUUCAUUUAUGAUUUGAUUUUAACCAAACUUGCACACAACUUGUAUCACCAUAAGAUCUUGAUUCCUUUUUAUACGCCCAAAGGGACGUAUUAUGUUAUCGCCUCGGUGUCCGUCUGUCUGUCUGUUGGUUAGCAAUUUCCCUUCUGCUCUGUAACUCUGACACAAAUGUUCACUUUGUCGAAACAACGUGCAGAGUGCAUGUUUCGGAUGGCUCACUUCAAGGUCAAGGUCACACGUAGGGGUCAAAGGUCAUAUGACUUUGUUUUAUGUGUAUAUUGCUCUGCAUUUGCGUUGCAUUGCAGUACUCUUGUUUUUAUUUGGCAGAUCCUUCUUUUGUUCACUUUCAAUAAUUUUUUUUUAAUUACUUCCCUUUUAUGUUACUAUAAAUAGCUUAUUUAGUAACUUUUUAUUAUUGGCUUUAGGGGAAAACUGAGACCACUUUUCUGUGGUACAACAUGGAUGGUACCUCCAAUUUUUAGGUGUAUUUUUACAUUUCUGUACCUUGUAAGAAUUUUUUUUUCUUUUUGGUUAAAUUUCUUCCCUUUGUUGUUCCUGUCCUUUGGACUUAUGGCUAUAUAGGAAACUGAUUUCAAAACAAUUUUACACAAGACUAGUGUUCCUUGGGUGACCCUCUACUAUAUUCCUUCAAAUAAUUUUGAUUCAGCGAAAAACAUGGCCCCCAAGGGGUUUUUGCUUUUCCCUCUAUGCCUAUAUAGAACUUUGAAAAUCUUUUUGUCAGAAACUGCUGGUCUGUUUUCAAAAUAAUUUUACAUAAAUGUUUCUUGAGUGACCCUCUACCAAAUUCCUUCAAAUAAUUUUGAUUCAUUGAAAAAGUGGCCGCCUGGGGGAGGGGCUCAUUUUCCCAUAUGGCUAUACAGAAAACUUCUUGUAUGAAACUACUGGCCUGAUUUGAAAAUAAUUUUAUUUGAAGUAACUUUAAGAAAAUUUCAACUAUAUUUUCUCAUAAUUCUUUUGAUUGAUCUUGAUUAUGAUUUUUUAACCUUCUUGUCCUUAAGUGUAAUGAUAACAGGUGAGCGAUAUAGGGCCAUUAUGGCCCUCUUCAGCCUCUUGUUAUGUAGUUCUAAGCAUUUGCUUGGAAUUGUCUGAAAAACUUAAUUGAGUUGCUUCCUCAUGUUUAAAUGUUAUUAAGAUUGAAGAUUCGCAAAAGAUAUAAGAUUCGCAAGUACUGUAUAUUUAGACAGUGUAUAGCUACAUUGUGUGCUUUGAUGCCCAAAAUGCCUAUCAAAUACUUAGAAUGAAAUCCCACUUGUACACAUAUCUGCACAAGUAUAAAAUACUGACUUCUCUGUUAUUGUAAACUUUUGUUUUAAUUGUAUAAAAUCAGGAUUUUUAAAGAAAAAAGCCAUUGUUUUAUGGUCUGGACUCUGUGAAAACUUAAUUCUGUUUGCAUAGAUAAUAAUUUAAUGCACAUAUUCUUCAUUGACAGACAACAAUGUUGUUUUUUGACAGCCUAUUUUGUUUUAUUCUUGUGUUUUACCAGUAUUUUCUUCUUCUGACAAUCAUUUUCUCAUGAACUUGAAUCUUUGUUUAUAUUUUCCCUUUUACUAUUAUCUAUUAAUUGUUAUACAACUUUUUUAUUCUGAUGCUGUUUUUACUGAUUUUAAUACCUAAUGCUCUUAAUAUAUAGAUGGAAAUUUGUCAUUAAUCUUUUACUUGUUUCUGUCGUAGUUUGAAAAUGUUUGAUUCCCUAUGCAAGAAAUUUUAUGCUUUUGGCCGAAAUCGCUGUUUCUUGGGAAUGUGAAUGUGUGGGUUAGAACUUUAGAAUAUAAAAGAAAUGGAGUUUUUUCUUGUUUGUUUUAAUAUUUUAGAUUGACUCAGCUAUGAAAUCCAUGAAAAUUAUUCCCAUAUGAAUAUUAUUGAUUUCACAGUAUUUUAUAAAUACCCUUUGUGGAAUGAAAUAGUUUCAAUAAUCCCCUUCUAUGAUGAGUUAUUUCCCCUCAGGAAAUCACUGUUUUGGCCAAAACCAGUCAAUUUCAUGCCCGGGAAAAUAAACAUUUUCACAGUGAAUAGAUAAGUUGUAAUAUAUAUAUAUAUAUUUAGUGCUGAAAACUGAAUAUUUUAAUCAGUACUGCAUCAGUUCAACAUACUUUGAAUUUCACUGUAUUAGUGCCAUUAUUAUUAUAUAUAGGCUAAUUUACUGGUAGAGUACUUGGUUAAAAUGUACUUUUUUAACCAAAGUAGAGACUAAAGCUACUUGUGGUUGUCAUUUACCUUAGUUGAUAUUUUAUGUAGAAAUAAUCCUGUUAAAAUAUACAGUCAAUUUUUAAUUCACGCACUUUGUUGAUUCAUAAUACCAAAAUGCAUUGAACAAAUACAUGACUACCUCACUCCAUAUAAUCACUUCAUAGAAAUGUCUGUUUGGUUUACUAUAGUUUGAGCCGCACCAUGAGAAAACCAGCAUAGUGCAUUUGCGACCAGCAUGGAUCCAGACCAACCUGCGCACCCAUGCAGUCUGGUCAGGAUCCAUGCUGUUCGCUAACCGUUUCUCUAAUUGUACUAGGCUUUGAAAGUGAACAGCAUAGAUCCUGCGCUAGUCUGGAUCCAUGCUGGUCGCAAACGCACUAUGUUGGUUUUCUCAUGGCACGGCACAAUUUCAUAAAUGAGGCCUUGAAAUGGCUGAAUAUUUGUCUCAGUUGCAAUAGUUAAAUGGCACUGCUAAUAAUCAAAGACUUGUGCAAUAUUCUAGUAAAUAUGCACAGCCCAAGUCAUUUUUGUAAUCAAAUUGUUGUCAAGUUGGUGAGCAUUAAAUUUCUAAUUGUUUAUUGUUACAAAAUCCACUCUUUUAUGACUGUACCUUAUAGCAUUAUAAUGCCCUGCUUGUCAAUGUAUCUUCUACUCUCCUCAGUGCAAAAUUUGUACGAGAUCCUCUCCUAUAUAAGAUUACAAGUUAUGCUCUGAGGCCAUAAUGCAUGUCUUAAACCAGAUAUAUUUUUACCAAAACCUAAAAUCUGUAGAGUAUUUUAUUGAACAGAGAUCCAGUUUUGGUAUUGUUGAUUAUUUAUACAUGUCUAUUUAUUUUCUGUCAUUUGAAUUAAUCACGAUUCAAGUGGUUGUUUAAUUGUAACAUGUUAUAGUCAUGUGGAUUAAAUCUUUUGUAUUUCAGCAUCUGUUAUGAUACAUAUUGUCAUCCGUAUUGUAUGAUUUGUUUAUUUUACGUCUUUGGAAUUGAUCUUUGAAGGGUAAUAAACAGUGAAACUAGA